ACAACUAUAUGGGUGUGUGUCCAUUGACUUGAUUUCAUCUUAUUUGAACUUAUGAGGCUUUAUUAAAAGCUUAUUUUAGUAACUUGAGUAAUUUUAAUCCAAACUUAUUAUUCUUGAAUUUAUUUUAUCUAAAAUUAACUGUAUUUAUUAGACCUAAAAUAAAUAAAAAUAAUUUAAACAAAAUAUACCCUAUUUGAUUUUCACUAAAAUCGUCGUCCGAUUAUUCAAACAAAUAAAUAUUUCAUUGUAAAACUCCACUAGAAAAAAAAAAGAAAAAAGUUAAAAAAAAAUUUUGGGUUCAUGCUACACCUUAGAAAAUAGUAACGACAUAAUGUGGCAUGGUGAUGCCACCACACCACAUCACACCACACCCAACCUAAGUUCAUUCACCAUUUUUAACCCCUUUAUUAUCUUUCCAUUUUAGUAUAAAAAAUUACAAUAUUUAAAACUUGCAUAUAUAGAUGUACACCUAUUUUUUUAUACUUUAUUUAUUUUCAUUUCAUUUCAUUAUUUUUUUACCGCGUAGAUUUUGGUUCGUCAAAUUCUCCUUCUUUUUCCUUCUUUCUCUCUCUACUUAUUUAUAUUUAAUUUCUUCAACAAAUUACAUAAUUACAUUUACAUAAAACAUUAUAAACAUUUUUUAGAGAGAGAAAAAUAAAAUUAUACAAACAUCAACAACACCCAAAUCUCAUCACCGAAACAAAAACCCCUACGUUCGCUUCGUCACCCCGGCCCCCUCUUUCUCAUUUUCUCUCUCCUCUUUUCUUAAUCAUCAAUCGAUUUUCCAUUCAUUUGAUUUUAAUUAAUCAUUUUGAAUUCUAAAUCUUAAUCCCUUUUUUUAAUUUUAAUUUUAAUUUUUCCCAAUAAUUAUCGAUUCAUUUUGAUUUAUAUAUUUGGUGAUUUUAUUUUGAGAAUCGGAAAAUUUUGGAUUGAUUGAUUGAUCCAAUUUUUUUUUUUUGGAUUUUAAGUUUUUAGGGGUUUUUGAUUGUAUUGGAUUUUGAUGGGUUGUUUGAUGAAGAAAAAUCUGGGUUGUUGUAGAUAAUAAUUAUACUAAUUUUGAAUUGAGAAAAUUUUAAAAAAUAUAUUUGAGGAUGCCAGGAUUAGCUGCUGCGCAACGAAAUGAUCAAUCGUUAAGCAAUGCGAAUUCGUCGUAUUAUUCGUUAUCGAUUAAUAAUAAUGGAUCAAUUUCAUCUUGUAAUGGAUUUUGGUCCAAACAUCGCGAUGAUAUUAACUACAAUCAGCUCCAGAAGUUUUGGAGUGAGCUCUCUCCGCAAGCUCGGCAGGAUCUCUUGAGGCUCGAAAAGCAAACUCUAUUCGAGCAAGCUAGGAAAAACUUGUACUGCUCCAGAUGCAAUGGGUUGUUGCUUGAAGGUCAUGCGCAAAUUGUUUUGUAUGGGAAGUCAUUGCAACAUGAAGGAGCAGGUGGUCAGCUUCCUUGCAGUAGGCUUGGGAUUUCAAAAGAUCAAUUGCUCGGCGGGAGGGGCACUACACCAAUCUGUCAGGACGAAUCUCAAGACCCCUCUGUCCACCCAUGGGGAGGUCUAAUCACCACUAGAGAUGGGUCGCUUACGCUUUUAGAUUGCUAUUUAUAUUCAAAAUCUCUUAAGGGGCUCCAGAAUGUUUUUGAUAGUGCACGUGCGAGGGAGCGAGAACGUGAAUUGCUUUACCCUGAUGCUUGUGGUGGAGGUGGUCGGGGUUGGAUAAGCCAGGGAAUACCAAGUUACGGGAGAGGACAUGGAACUAGGGAUACAUGUGCUCUGCAUACUGCUAGACUAUCUUGUGACACAUUGGUAGAUUUUUGGUCAGCACUUGGAGAAGAGACGCGCCAUUCUCUUUUGAGGAUGAAAGAAGAAGAUUUCAUUGAAAGACUCGUGUUCCGGUUUGAUCACAAGAGAUUUUGUAGAGAUUGCAGAAGGAAUGUCCUUCGCGAGUUUAAGGAGCUGAAGGAAUUGAAACGCACUCGAAGAGAACCUCGGUGUACAAGUUGGUUUUGUGUUGCAGAUACUGCUUUCCAGUAUGAGGUAUCUAAUGACACAAUCCUUGCUGAUUGGCACCAGACCUUCAUCGAUUCCAUUGGAACGUAUCAUCACUUUGAAUGGGCAGUGGGUACUGGGGAAGGAAAAUCUGAUAUUUUGGAUUUUGAAAAUGUUGGGAUGAAUGGAAGUGUUGAAGUAAAUGGACUAGAUCUUGAUGGUCUGAAUGCCUGCUACAUCACCUUGAGGGCGUGGAAACUUGAUGGCCGUUGUUCUGAGUUUUCUGUGAAAGCUCAUGCGUUGAAGGGAAGGCCGUGUGUUCAUUGCAGGCUGGCUGUUGGAGAUGGCUAUGUAACCAUCACUCAUGGGGAAAGCAUAAGAAGAUUUUUUGAGCAUGCAGAAGAAGCUGAAGAAGAGGAAGAUGAUGAUUCCAUGGACAAGGAUGGAAAUGAUUUGGAUGGUGAAUGUUCUCGUCCACAGAAGCACGCAAAGAGCCCUGAACUUGCACGAGAGUUUCUUCUUGAUGCUGCUACUGUCAUUUUCAAGGAACAGGUUGAAAAAGCUUUUAGGGAGGGUACUGCCCGCCAAAAUGCACACAGCAUAUUUGUCUGUCUUGCGUUGAAAUUGCUUGAGGAACGUAUACAUGUUGCUUGCAAAGAAAUAAUUACACUGGAAAAGCAGACGAAGCUUCUUGAAGAAGAAGAGAAGGAAAAGCGUGAAGAGGAAGCACGCAAGGAGAGGAAAAGAAACAAAGAAAGAGAGAAGAAGCUGCGUAGAAGGGAGAGAUUGAGAGACAAGGAUAAAGAUAAAAAAUGUAGUCAAUCAAGUGAAACUCCUAUUGCUCCUGAGAUUUCUGAGGAAACUCUGUCAUCAUGCAUUGAUGAGGAAGCCACUAAUAGCAUUAGAGACUCAGUGAGUGAAAAUGGUGAUACCAACGUUUCUGAGUCUGCCUCUCCUGAAUUUCUUGAUGAGUCGUCCUCGAAUGAUUAUACUGCUUCUGAUUUUCUUCACAAUAAUUUGGAUGGUAUUGAUGGAGAUCUAGCUGAUGUCAAAGAGGAAAAUGGUUCAUUCUCAAUUGAUAGUAUAAAGGGUUCACGUUGGAAAUUGAAAGCUCACAGGGAAUUUCUGCAAGAGUCUUCUGGGAAAUGGUCGGACAGACGACGGAGUUUGGAUAAUGGGGCCGUGGUACAUGAAUCUGAGUCUAGAUAUUAUGACGACCCUUCUGAAAAUUUUACAAAAGGAGCUAAUUAUUUUACUAGGCAGUCCAGAGCUAGUCCUCUGAAGUUCACUGCUAAAAGUAAUAGUCAGAGGUUAAGGCACAAGGUUCAGUGUUCCAACGUCAGGAUGACUGACAGGAGUGACCUGCAUUCUUGUGGUUGUAACCAACCGAAUGACUAUAGGGAAAAGGUUGAGCCACACAUGUCUGGAACACGAUUUAAUCGGGAGAGCAGAUCUAUUACAAAGACAGAAAUAGCAUCUGAUGUGGCAAAGCCAGUUCAUCGAAUCAACAAAUUUAGUCAAACGGAUUACGCGCGUGAUAAUUGUGGAAGAACUAGGAGCAAGAUCUCAAGUUAUAGUAGUGUUCCUGGCAGAGAUUCACCUCACACCAAGAAAGUCUGGGAACCUGUAGAACCACAGAAGAGGUGUCCGCGUAGUAAUUCUGACUCUGAUGUUACCUUGAGAUCAUGUGAUUUCAAGACAGAAGAAAAUGAGUCUACAUCAAGGGUGGAGAGAAGCGCCCAGAAAGGAAGUCAAACAGAAGCCUUGUACCACCCUAAGGAUGCAGCUGAAGAGGAAAAUGAUUCUUGUUUGAUGACUAGCAAUAACCUUAAUAGGGUAUCUGAUUUUUCUGCCAGCAGCAGCUCAAGUUCUGAUAAUUUCUCAUCUUGCCAAAGUGAGGGAGAUAGUAAUACACCAUCCUCAAACCACCAAAAUGUGGAGUCGUCUUCAAUAACAGAUUCGGAAGAUAGUAGUGAACAAUCAGAAGGAAGAGAUAUUUCAGUUUGUGUUGAUGGCUUAUCUGAAAUUCAUGAUGCUGGUAAAGACAAAAACCAGAAGAUAGAGCAAGAAGCUAUCCACUUGACACAAUCAUCAAGUUUUUCGUCUGAGUGUGUUGGUAAUCAUUAUCCUUGGAACUCCCCCACAAAAACAUCCACACAGGAUGUGGAGAACGGGAAGCUUGUCAAUGGCUUAGCACCCGUUCAACAAGGUUUGCUUCCAUCAAUCCACAAUCCAAGCAUUUCCUUUCCUGUUUUCCAAGCUCCAUCUACCGUGGGUUACUACCAUCAAAAUUCAGUUCCUUGGUCAGCAGCUUCGGCUAAUGGGAUGAUGGCAUACCCCCAACCGAACCAUUACCUCAUGACUAGCCCCAUAGGCUAUGGUCUGAAUGGGGACUCGCACUUCUGCAUGCCGUACAGUCAAGUGCAGCAUGUAGCAUCUCCUUUCAUGAACAGCCAUCAGAUCCCUGUCUACCAGCCAGUUCAUACAGCUAAUAUUUUGAACCAACAAGAGAAAACCAAUGCCCCUGAAGUACAUGGGGUGCGAGACACCUCUGGUGAAUCAAGGAGAGAGAAUGUUGUCAUUAGACAGCAUCCAGGAGAUGCACCUUCAAAGGGAGGCUCACGAAACUUGACUCAAUCGAAUGCAAGAAAUUCGGGCUUCUCCCUUUUCCAAUUUGGUGGUCCUACGGCUGCUCUCCCUACUUACAGAAACAGUGUUCAGUUGUCAGAUGAACAGAAAGCUGGCGACCUUUCUUCCUGCCAUGUUGAAGGUGAGCAUGGUCGCAGUAAGAAAGAAAGUACUAUUGAAGAAUACAAUUUGUUUGCCGCAAGGAACGGGAUACAGUUUUCUAUCUUUUAGUAUAGCUGAGAAAGGUAUCGAGAUUGCAGUUUGAAAGUCAGUCUCUGCCAUCUUAUAGGUGAAGUUUGAGUUCUUUGUAGUUUGAAACAGUAAUAAUGCUUUAAAGAUAUCUUCAUAAAAAGUUGUUUUUAUUUUCUUUUUUUUUCCUUUUUUCGCUGGAUUGAUUUGAAUUGUACUAUCAGUUUUGCUAUUCUUGAGAAAAAUACAGAUUGAGAGUGCCGUAAUUGAUUGAAUGGUUUUCUUAUUGUUUUUUA